UCCUCGGAGCUGCUCGGGCUGCGCGCGGAGCGGGCUCCGGAGGGAAGUCCCGAGACAAAGGGAAGCGCCGCCGCCGCCGCCCGCCGCCCGCGCCCGCUCGGCUCCUCCGCCUCGUCCGCGACGCUCGCCGGGGCCGCGGCCGCCCGAGGGACCGUGAGUAUGUCGGGGAUCGCCCUCAGCAGACUUGCCCAGGAGCGGAAAGCUUGGAGGAAGGACCACCCAUUUGGCUUUGUGGCCGUGCCGACCAAGAACCCCGACGGGACGAUGAACCUGAUGAACUGGGAGUGCGCCAUCCCAGGGAAGAAAGGGACUCCAUGGGAAGGAGGCUUGUUUAAACUACGGAUGCUUUUCAAAGACGAUUACCCGUCCUCACCGCCGAAAUGUAAAUUUGAACCGCCGCUGUUUCACCCGAAUGUGUAUCCUUCAGGCACGGUGUGCCUGUCCAUCCUGGAAGAGGACAAGGACUGGAGGCCGGCCAUCACGAUCAAACAGAUCUUAUUAGGAAUACAGGAACUUCUAAAUGAACCAAAUAUCCAGGAUCCGGCUCAAGCAGAGGCAUACACAAUUUACUGCCAAAACAGAGUGGAGUACGAGAAAAGGGUUCGAGCACAAGCCAAGAAGUUUGCGCCCUCAUAAACAGCGACCUGGUGGCAUCGUCACAAGGAAGGGAUUGGUUUGGCAAGAACUUGUUUACAACAUUUUUGCAAAUCUAAAGUUGCUCUGUACAAUUACUAGUCCCCUGGGGGGGGGGCGGUGCGCCCCAUUUCCGCCGCUGGUAGACAGCUCUCGGUUCGCUGACUUGCCCGGUUUUUCAUACAGGGUCUCUUCCUUCAGUCUUUUGUAUUGUUGAUUGUUAUGUAAAACCUGCUUUUAUUUUAAUAUUGAUGUCAGUAUUUCAACUGCUGUAAAAUUAUAAACUUUUAUACUUGGAUAAACCCCCGAGGAGCUAGUUUCCUCUGCUCUCGGAUGCAGGCAUGCUUCACGACGUUAGCGCUGCCCUUCGCCUCUCGCUGGCUGUGUGGAAAUCACCCUCCCUCCCCCACACUCGUUUUCUCUCUCGCAGAGCCUAGGUUGUGUCGCUUACGAGCCUCAGAGCCAAAGCCAGCCAGCCCCUCGUUUCUGCAGCCCUUCCUUUGUGUUUCUCUGGCGUUUUGUCUGUGUUGCUGUUUAGAGUAAAUAAACUGUUUAUAUAAAGGUUUUGUUGCAUUAUCAUCAUUAAAUGAGUGCAAGCAGGAGGCUGCUGGCCCAUCCAGCCCUCCGGCCACUCAGGGCAGGACUGCAGGCCUGUCAGGUUCCCACACGCCCCUGUGGCCCCAGCCUCUGCCUGCGGGCAGGGGCCCGGCAACCCCGAGUCCAUCUCUCGGCUUCGGGAGGAGCCCAGGCCCUGGGUGGCACUCUCGUUCGGGUUCUUUGUGAACAGCAUUCUGUAUGGAAACGGUGCGUGUCCCCGCUACUGUCCCCUCCACCCUGGUCUGUGGGCUGCAGAGGGCUGGCGGAGUUCAGCUCUGGGGAGAGCAAAUUGGGGUCAGGGCCCUCAGGCACGCGGGUUGGAAGUUGGUGAGGGUACUGCCCUGGGCUGCGAGGCAGGGCCACGGCCCUCCUGCUGCCGGAACCGGUUAGAGCCGACCCAGUGCAGACCCCUUUCCUGGGGCUGGUGGCCCACGAUGCUGGAGGCCUGGCUCUCCCACCUCCUCGGUGGGUUUUCAGAGGGCUUCUGGCACUAGAGCCCCCUUGCUGGGGCAGCCCAGCUCUUCUGAAGUGGGUGAGGGGCUGAGGCUCCUCCCUGGUUCUGCUUGGCGGCUGCCCCCGCCCCUCUGCAGCCUGCCGAGCCCUCCAGGCAGUCUGGUGACUGGUGCCCCCGUUCAGCCGCUCUCUGGGUGCCCGGGGCUCACGGCCCCAGCCUGUGCUGCCCAAGCUGGUGUCCUGUCGGCCACCUGGGACCACUCUGAGCCCAGGCGUUGUGCUGGACGCUGGGGAUGCCCCCAAGAGCCCUUCAGGCCACAGGCUGCGAGUUCUUUCUGGAUCCUGCAGCUUUUUGAAACCAGCCCUUGCCAUUCCCAUUCAAAAGGCUGCUGUGGCCAAGUGGCUCUGUCGGGAAAGGGUUAGGUUAGUAGCCUCGGGGCCACCCUGAGCCCCGGUUUGGCAGCAGGGGUACCGGAUGGAGCCGGGAAGUGGCAGAGGGUGGUGAAGGCCCAAGGAGCCACACAUCCCUCCCGGCCCUGGCUCCCGGUGUCGUGAAAUGGCAUGCACAUGCAGAGUUGUUCUCGGGCCUGGGGGUCAGCACCCACGGAAAGAGCCAGGAACCCCGGGCUCGCUGCCCCAGCUCUGGAGGACCUUUGCUUGCUGGAACUUGGGUCCCCUGUGGCUCAGGGGCCAGGACCAAGGUGGGCAGGAGGGAAGCUGGGUGAAUCCCAGAGGAGCAGCCUGGGCAAGUAGGGUCUGCAUCAGGCUCCUAGGAACACUGGGCAGGCGCAAGUCUUGGUUUGGGAGAUGACUGUGUGUCCAGUGAGAAGCAGGGGCGUGAGGAGCGGGGCAGGCGCUGCCCCCAGGGGCCCAUGAGGCGUGGGCUGGGCUCCCUCGCACUGCUCGGGGAACUAAGUGUGAGUGGGUGGCUUUAGAGGUGGCUUCCAAAGACCCCUAGAGCUGAUACCCCAUCUGGUGGCUUCUGAGGAAUGAGUGCCUUGCCUGCUUGCUUAGCUGCCUAUUUAGCACAUCGCUGAGCUCGCAGGCUCAUGUUCGCAAUGGGCUUGUAACAUGGGACCUUCCCGUGGGUAAUUGAGCCAGAGCGUCAUUUUCAUAGCCCACCGCAGAACGUCUUUUGUAACGACUGAACUCCUUUAGUAACAGUUCCACAUGUAUAUGGUUAAUAUACACGGAAACCUGACGUUUAAUAGUUAAAAUGUUCUAAAGUACUUGGUGUUCCAGUGAGCUGCAGUGACCUGCGCUAAUGACGCUUUCCUUUUGUACCACGGUCCUUGGUCGUGAGCCUUGUCACGUGAGCGCUGCACACUCUGAUCUCCCUGUUGUGACGGACGGGAAGGGAGGGUCCUGCAUGAGGGUCUCACGAUUAGUAAGGAAUUGUGGGCUGUAGAUUAACCCUGUAUCCAAGAACUUCAAAUUAAAAAAUUUCCAGAA